AUGGACGGGCCCAUGCGUGUUAGAUACCAAGUCUUGUGUGCCAUAGUGGAUCACGGCGUUGAGUUGAAUCGCACGUUUUGCACGAAGCUCCUGAUUCUUGCAUAUCCUUCGGACCCUCUGCUUCCUGAAUAUCAUUGCGGCCCUGCUUUCUCGUCCUUGCGCUUCGGAAGUCCAGCUUGCUUUUCAACCAAACAUUACCUCGCUAUCACCCACCACUUCUUCGGCCGCUACCGCAACUCUCGCGCACCAUAUCAUCUCCUUCUGUCUCUACCUCUUGCUCAUCUCGUCCCCGCGAAAGUCUCCUACUUCCGCUCACUCUACUGCAACAUCGGCCUGGAGGUUGCGCUCGGCUUGCUGCGCUUCGUCCUCGCUUGA